AUGGGGAUCCAAGACAAGAUCAACGAGAUUGAGGCUGAGAUGGCCAGAACCCAGAAGAACAAGAAGACAGAACACCAUCUCGGGGCUCUGAAGGCAAAGCUUGCAAGGUACCGGCAGGAACUUGAUGUGCCGAAGACCAGAUCCUCAAAAAGCGACGGAUUCGAGGUUUCGAAGAGUGGAGAUGCCAGGGUUGUGUUGAUUGGGCUUCCUAGUGUUGGGAAAUCGACGUUGCUGUCGAAGAUCACAAGCACACACAGCAAGGCAGCAGAGCACGAAUUUACCACCCUAGAGUGUAUAUCUGGGAAGAUGCAUCUGAACGACACGUGGAUCCAGGUGCUAGAUCUUCCUGGAAUUGUUUCUGGGGCCUCGCAAAACAGGGGAAGGGGAAGACAGGUGAUAAGCAUUGCAAGGACAGCAGACCUGAUACUGAUGGUUCUUGAUCCUCGGAGGCAUGAAGACAGGAGAAUUCUUGAGGACGAGCUUCAUGAAAUGGGUAUAAGAUUGAAUAAGAGAAAGCCUGAUGUAUCGCUUACAUGCACAACAAGCAAUGGGAUUAACAUCGGAAUAACAUGCCAGCUCACAAAAACAACUGAGGCAACAAUAAGGGCAAUCCUGAAAGAGUACAAGAUCAACAACUGCCAGAUGUUUGUGAGAGAAGAUGUGUCUGACGACGACAUCAUAGACCUUAUCAGCGGAUCUGCAGUCUAUGUGGAUUGUUUAUACGUGUACAACAAAAUCGAUGAGCUUUCUCUGGAGGACUUCAACAGGGUUGCAGAGCAGCCCAACAGCACUGUCAUAAGCUGCCGGAGAAACUGGAAUAUCAGUAGGCUGCUCGAGGACAUCUGGGACAAACUGAAGCUCACAAGAGUCUACACAAAGAAGAAGGGGGCAUUUCCCUCUCUAGACGACCCGGUUGUGAUCAGGAAGGGAGGGACGGUGAAGGACUUGUGUUCUCGCAUCCACAAGGACUUCCUUUUGAGCUUCAAGCAUGCACUGGUAUGGGGGACCAGUGCAAAGCACAGCCCACAAAGGGUCGGGCUUGGACAUACGCUAGAGGACGAGGAUGUGGUCCAGAUAUUUCUGAGGUAG